GCAACCCAGCCCAAACGCGACCUGAGUUCGUACUAUGGCACAAGGCCGAGUUGAGAUGAGGUCCCUGCGGGUCUCUCCUCUGGCCCUGGUCCAAGUCCUGGUCUUAGUCCUGGUCUUGGAUCUAAACCUGGUCUGGAGUCUGGACACACAAAGACCAAACUUUGUCCUGAUGAUGGUGGACGACCUCGGGAUCGGAGACCUGGGCUGCUAUGGCAACAAGACACUCAAGACUCCUCACGUGGACAGUCUGGCCUCAGAUGGGGUGAAGUUGACUCAUCACAUCGCCGCGGCUCCUCUCUGUACCCCGAGUCGAGCCGCUUUCCUCACGGGACGAUACCCCAUACGAACAGGUAUGAUGGGUGGAGCGUUCGUCUUUAACGCUGCCUCUGGAGGACUUCCUCAGUCUGAACUCACCUUCGCCUCCAUCGCACAAGAGCAGGGCUACGAGACCGCGCUCAUCGGUAAAUGGCACUUGGGUCUGAACUGCGAGUCGAGCUCUGAUCACUGUCACCAUCCGAACAAACACGGAUUUAAAUACUUUUACGGAUCUCCCAUGACAAACCUUCGUGACUGUCGCCCGGGACACGGCACCGUUUUCCAAUUCCAGAAAUAUUUACCCAUAAAAACCGCAGUUACCAUUUUAAUCGCUACCAUUAUUGUUUACUACUUUGGGCUACUUCCCGUGCCGAGAUUCCUGGUGGUCGGAGCGUCGUGGUUGGCGGUCCUGAUCGCGUGUUUGGUCGCGGUGUUCCUGUUCGCUGUCCCGUAUAUGAACUGUAUUUUGAUGAGAAAUGGGGAAAUAGUGGAGCAGCCGUUUUCGACCCUGAAUUUGACCCAGCGGAUGACCCGGGAGGCGGUGGACUUCAUGGAGAGGAGUUCUGGGAGGCCGUUCCUUCUCUUCGUCUCUUAUCUCCAGGUCCACACGGCGCUCUUCGCCUCGUCAGAUUUCCGGGGCUCCAGUGCUCACGGUAUCUAUGGCGACGCGGUACAGGAAGUGGACUGGAGCGUGGGUCAGAUCCUUCAGACUCUGGAGCGUUUGGGGCUGAGUCAGAACACUGUGGUGUAUCUGACCUCAGAUCAGGGAGCUCACCUGGAGGAAGUGUCUGCCACAGGAGAGAGACACGGCGGCUCCAACGGCAUCUACAAGGCCGGGAAAGCCACAAACUUCGAGGGAGGGAUCCGGGUCCCGGGUCUGAUCCGAUGGCCCGGAAAAAUCCCCAAAGGACUCGAGAUCCAUGAACCCACCAGCAACAUGGACCUGUUCCCCACCGUGGUGCAGCUGAGCGGAGGGCAGCUGCCACAGGACAGAGUCAUAGAUGGGCGCCCCCUGCUGGACUUGUUGUCGGGCACGUCUCAGAGUUCAGAUCACGAGUUCAUGUUUCACUACUGUCGCUCGUCGCUGCAGGCCGUCCGCUGGAGACCCAAACACCGUAGCUCGGUUUUUAAGAUGUUUUAUUUCACUCCAAACUUCUUCCCCGUGAACUCCAGCGGCUGCUUCCACACAUUGGUCUGUUUCUGCUCCUCUAAUUACAUCACUACCCACAAUCCCCCUCUGCUCUACGACCUGACCCUCGACCCCUCCGAGUCCACGCCGCUGAGUCCGGGAUCUGAACCGGACUAUCACGACAUCGUCCGGACCAUGGAGCGGGCGGUGAGGGGGCAUCGAGACUCGCUGCGGCCCAGAGACAAUGAGAUGUCUGCGGGGAAAAUGCUGCCCAAGCCCUGGCUCCAACCCUGCUGCUCGUCCGUCACCCAACUCUGCCAGUGCGACAAGGACACAUAGACCGGGUUUAGACCGGGUCUGGACCGGGUUUAGACUGGGUUUAGACUGGGGUUAAAUUGGGUUUAGACCAGGAUUAGGUCAGGUUUAGAUCGGGUUUAGACUGGGGUUUAAACGGGGUUUAGACCGGAUCUGGACCAGUGUUAGACUAGGUUUAGACCGGAUCUGGACCAGGGUUAGACUAGGUUUAGACCGGAUCUGGACCGGGGUUAGACUAGGUUUAGACAGGGCUUAGACUGAGUUUAGACCGGGGUUAGACCUGGUUUAGGCUGGGUUAGACCGGGGUUAGACCGGGGUCAGACCGGGGUUUAGACGGAGUUUAGACUGGCGUUAGACCGGGUUUAGACUGGGUUUAGACCGGGUCUGGACUGGGGCUAGACUGGGUUUAGACCUGGGUUAGAUCGGGUUUAGACCUGGUUUAGACCAAGUUUAGACCAGGGUAAGACCGGGGUUUGACCAGGUUUAGACUGGGUUUAGACCGAGUUUAGACUGGGGUUAGACUAGGUCUGGGCCGGGGUUAGACCGGGUCUGGACUGGGGUUAGACCGGGUUUAGACUGGGUUUAGACCUGGCUUAGACUUGGUUCAGAACUAGUUUAGACCUGGUUUAAUUCUAAUUUAGACCUAGUUUAGACCUGGUUUAGACCUGGUUUUAGACCUAGUUUAGACCUGGUUUAGACCUGGUUUUAGACCUAGUUUAGACCUGGUUUAGACCUGGUUUUAGACCUAGUUUAGAACUGGUUUAGACCUGGUUUAGACCUGGUUUUAGACCUGGUUUAGACCUGGUUUUAGACCUAGUUUAGACCUGGUUUAGACCUGGUUUUAGACCUAGUUUAGACCUGGUUUAGACCUGGUUUUAGACCUAGUUUAGACCUGGUUUAGACCUGGUUUUAGACCUAGUUUAGACCUGGUUUAGACCUGGUUUAGACCUGGUUUUAGACCUGGUUUAGACCUGGUUUUAGACCUAGUUUAGACCUGGUUUAGAC